AUGUUACCAAGACUGUUCGAUCAUGUGAUCUUCCAGUUGUUCGCUAUCAGAUGUUCAUUUGUGGAUGACGUCCAAACAUCUGAUCAUCAAAUCAUUCCUUAUGCGUCGCCUGCGUUCUCUAAAACUACUGGUAUCUCGCAUCAAUGUGAGCCACGCGCGAAGAUUCCAUCUCAGUAUGGUAUCUCAUUUACGGCAACGAGCAGUUGUAUCUUCGUUCAUUUGCACCCCUCCAGAAUCCCCAUCGGGAUUCACAUUCGCUCUCUUCAAGCGCAGCCAACAAGUUUCUACAUAUCCUCGAGAAGUACUGACAAGUCACCUGACACCAGUGGCAAAUGGGCCGUCUGCUCAGGCUCAAUUGACCCCACGGACCCCAGUCCAGAAGAUGCAGCAAAACGAGAAAUCCUAGAAGAGACCACUUUGUCAGAUGCCGACAUCUUCCUUCUUAGGAAAGGGAAACCAUUCAACCUGGUCGACGAAGCGCUCAAGACAGAAUGGACCAUCCACCCCUUUGCUUGGCAGUUGAAAGAUGGUGCCAAACCCAUCAAGUUCGACUGGGAGCACACGGAAUACCAUUUCAUCAAGCCAGAAGAGUUAGACUCUAUGGACCAUGUUCCGCAGUUGGAGAUAGGGCUGUCAAGAAUUUUGGUCAGCCCGGAGACUGAGAAGGAUCUGGCCGUCUUGCACUAUGAUCAUGAGAGUGGAGCUAAAGCUCUCGCAUUAAAAGCACUCGAGCUCCUAUUGAAGGCUGUGCAAAGCGGGGAUCUUGCCAGCCCAAGUACAUGCGAAGAAUUCUGGAAAGAGCUGAGAUGGCGAGCUUGGCACCUGGCGAAGAAUGGGCGGCCGGGUAUGGGUGCUGCUAUCGAGGCGGUUUUGUUCAGGACUCUGGAAAAUAUUAGACAAAUGUAUCUUACCUCGCCUGAUGCUGUUUAUGGCGUCCUAUUGCCACUUUUUAGAAGUGGUACGGAGGCGGCCAUCAAGGCUACCAUUGAGGCAAAGAAACAGACUCUCGAAGGUCUCGCUGUUCAGUUCGCCGAACUCGUGGAGAGCCGACAUGACAAUGAAGCGGUUACUAAAAUAGUAACCUUAUCUUCAUCUGGGACCAUCACUCAAAGUCUAGCUACCAUGGUCGAGAGGCUAGCCUUGCAGAAUCUAUCUGUCAAGCUCUCUGUCCUCGAAUCACGUCCCAAGUUCGAGGGUGUCGCCUUUGUCAACACUUUUUUGAAGACAUUUGAGGAGCAAACAGGAGCAAACACCAACCUCGAGGUCGAGAUAGUUUCAGACGCGAGCGUUUCCACUGUUGUCGCUGACGCGGAUUACCUCAUCUUCGGCGGAGACAAGGUCAUUCCAAACGGGGAUGUGAGCAAUAAAAUUGGAAGUCUUUCCGCCGCGAUAGUAGCCAAAACCUUGAAUCCGAAGUGCAGUGUUGUCGCCUUGUUCGAGACCGACAAGAUCACGGGGUCUGGUUUUGACGCUGGACAUUUGAAGGUCGAGUACAAUGAUGAAGCCGAGGUGAUGGAUGCAUGGCCUACCUCAGCCAUCGUUGCACUCGAGAAGAACCAGAAGCUGGGAUACCACGUGAAGGUGAAGAAUGCAUACUUUGAAUGGGUGCCCGCGAAAUACAUCGACCACUAUAUUUCCGAGCAGGGUCUUCUAAGUAGGGAGAAUAUCGAGCAGUUGGGCACUGAAAGUGAAGAGCUUGAGAGAAGAAUCUUUGGAGAUUUGUGA